ACGAACGGACUUCUGAAUGACGACCGACGACAGUUAUUCUGUUUUUCUACGCCGAAACUAUCUUCAAUGUUAUGUUCUGGAUUCUUCAAAAUUCACAUUUUCACACAGGCAAAAACAUAUUAUAUAAAAGCUUUCAAUAACUAUCUUAAAUUUAAGAAUUAUAAAAACAUUUAAUCAAUAAAAUACACUGUAAACACAUAGUAUAUAAACUAUAAACCUAUUAAAUUUAAAACUGAAAUACUAAUAAAUUAAUUCCAAAUUCCUGUACAUAAUACUAAAUUCUGUCCAUCGAGUGAGAUGAACUAUAAAUCGUUCUAUUAAUAAUUCUAUUGCUCAGUUUGCAGUGUUCAUUGUAUAAAUGAUAAAUAAUUAAGAUGGUAUUAUGUGUGUAAUUUGUACUCGCACUUUUAAAUUUUUAUCGAAUUUAUGCACAAAAAAUAAAUGUAGUGAUCAUACAAUAUUAAUAUUUUGAUAACUGAUAAACGCUAAAAUGAAGAAAAACUUCUUGAAAAGUAGCGUUGAAAACGCUUCACUCAACAUACUCUUGCAAAUUGCAUUUCGAUGCUUGACAUUUGUUAUAAACGCUUUUGUGUUGCGGCAUGUCUCUCAAAAUGAAAUUGGAAUUACCAAUGUCCGUUUGUUACUACUCGAGUCAACAAUUUUGUUUUUAAGUAGAGAAGCAUUUCGUCGUGCAUGUUUAACAGAUACCUUGCAUCAUAAUUGGCUGAAAGUCAUCAAUCUCAUUUGGUUCUCUGUUCCACUAUGUGCCACUAUUUGUGGAAUAUGCGGUUAUAUUUGGCUUCGAUUACUAAGCCAACCUGAUAUUACUGUUACCACUUAUUAUGAAUUUGGUGUAUGGUCAAUUAUUAUAAGUUGCAUUAUUGAACUAUGCUGUGAGCAGUUAUAUAUUGUAGCGCAAGCGUUCUUAUUUGUCAAGCUACAGGUUGUAUUAGAAAUAAUAAACAUUGCUGUUCGUACAAUCGUUUACACUACAAUGGUGUUGUAUUGGAGUGGUCAGAAUGCUGUACUAGCAUUUUCAUUUGCACAACUUGCAUCAGUCAUAGCAUAUACAAUGUCAUUUUACGUAUAUUUUUGGUAUUACACUAAAAAAAAUAAAAAAGAUUUUCCAUUCAAAACCAUGUGGGAAUUUUUUCCAAAUUUUAGUGGAAAAAAAUUAUCAGAAUGUAUCGAUUUUUCACUACUUAUGUUGUUGUGGAGUUUCUUGAAACAGGGAUUUAUGAAACAACUAUUGACUGAUGGUGAACGUUAUGUUAUGACAUUCUUUAAUACAUUAAAAUUUGAUCAACAAGGUGUAUACGACGUUGUCAACAAUUUGGGUUCAUUAGCUGCUAGGUUUUUGUUCAAACCUGUUGAAACAGCAGCAUACUUCUAUUUUAGUCAACUUGUUCAACGAGAAGUGCCAAUCCAAACACAAAUCAAACAGGAUUCUAACCGUAUAAAAGAAGCAGCUAGCGUUCUGGAGUGCCUGUUACGUGUCAACAGCUCUAUUGGUCUAAUUGCACUAUCUUUUGGACAAGCAUAUGCUAAAUUAACAUUAUUUCUUUAUGGAGGAUCAACAUUGGCUACUGGAAUUGGACCAGUGCUGUUACAAAUGCAUUGUUUGGCCAUUCUAUUUUUAGCUGUCAAUGGUAUCACUGAAUGUUAUGCAGCAGCUACCAUGAACGUUGCUGAAUUAAACAAAUACAAUGUGGAAAUGGUUAUAUUAUCUGUGAUAUUUUUAUUUAUUUCUCUGUUAUUUUCUACAUUUUUUGGCGGAAUUGGUUUUAUUUUUGCAAAUUGUUGUAAUUUCACGUUUAGAAUCAUCCAAUGUGGUCGGUACAUUCUAUCUCAAUAUAAAAAUACUAAUUAUAAUCCACUUAAUGGAUUAAUGCCAAAAAAAUCAUUCAUUUGUUGUUUAAUGAUGUCAACUAUUAUAACAAUGUAUUCUGAGGCAAAAUAUUACGAAGAAAACAAACUCACACAUAUUAUAAUAGGUGGGGCAUUGUUUUUAUUAACAACAUCAGUUUGGUUGUAUGAAGAAAUGUCUACAUUUAGGUUUUUAAAAAAAGUUUAUUGCUCAAAACACAAUUAAACUACUUCCCAAAAAAAUGUUACACUUUAUAAUCUUAUUAAUUAUAAUUUUCUUUUUUCAACUGACAUAAUUUAAAGAUCAAUUAAACUGAAAGGUACAUUGAUCAAUUGUAUAGUAUACAUUUCUAAUACAAUUCUCUGUAGUAUAAUAUACUUGACUUUUAAA